GUGGAGGCCGCCGAAGACCUGGGGCAAGCAGAGGCAGCAAUGGUUGGUCCUGACGGUGGCUGAGCCCCCAGCCCCUGGAAUAUGCAGCCCGGGGGAGCCCCAGGCAGCGGCAAGGACGCGGUGGCGGAGUGGGGCGGGAGGCAUGGUCUCCACCUACCGGGUGGCUGUGCUGGGGGCGCGAGGCGUGGGCAAGAGUGCCAUCGUGCGCCAGUUCUUGUACAACGAGUUCAGCGAGGUCUGUGUGCCCACCACCGCCCGCCGCCUCUACCUGCCUGCUGUCGUCAUGAACGGCCAUGUGCACGACCUCCAGAUCCUCGACUUCCCGCCCAUCAGCACCUUCCCUGUCAACACACUGCAGGAAUGGGCAGACGCCUGCUGCAGAGGACUCCGGAGCGUCCACGCCUACAUCCUGGUCUACGACAUCUGCUGCUUUGACAGCUUUGAGUACGUCAAGACCAUCCGCCAGCAGAUCCUGGAAACAAGGGUGAUCGGCACCUCGGAGACGCCCAUCAUCAUCGUGGGCAACAAGCGGGACCUGCAGCGCGGACGCGUGAUCCCACGCUGGAACGUGUCGCACCUGGUGCGCAAGACCUGGAAGUGCGGCUACGUGGAGUGCUCGGCCAAGUACAACUGGCACAUCCUGCUGCUCUUCAGCGAGCUGCUCAAGAGCGUCGGCUGCGCGCGGUGCAAGCACGUGCACGCCGCCCUGCGCUUCCAGGGCGCGCUGCGCCGCAACCGCUGCGCCAUCAAGUGACGCCGCCCGGCCGGGUGGCUGCAGCCCCGCGCCGGCCCGGGGGCGGGCAGGGCGUGAUCAGGUGGCGUCCCGGGGGGCUGCGGAGCUGGGCGGGCGGGCGGUGGGCAGGGAGAGGACUGCGACAGCCCGGCCCGAGGCGCCCCCACAGCACGCACCUCCCCGCGAGACGCCCAGCGCGAGAGGGCGCUUCCCCCUAACUGCUCAGUCCUCCGCGCUCCCCCAUUUGUCUUCCCGGGACAGGCGCCUUCUGCGCUGUAGCUAGUGCAGUGCCGGGCCGGAAGGGGCGCCACGGCCUUUGGGGAUAGGGGGUGAGCGUGUGCAAUGCAGGGUGGGGGCGGGGAGGUGCUGCCUUGGCCGGGCCCCCACCUGUCUUCUCCAGAAUGUGUCUGUCUUUGCCCGGUGUCUUCCAUUCCCUGGUCUGUCCGCCCGAGCGUCCGUGGGUCCUUCCCUGUCUUAUCCCCUCUCCGGUCCCUUCUCUUCCCCCAGCUCCGCUCACAGGGCUCUCAUUUCGUCCAUCCCCUAGUCGCAGAUCCUGGCAGCUUCUUUGUGAGGCCAGGCCUUCUGACCGUCAGCACCACCGGCACAGGACAGAGAGAUGUGGGUGGCCCAAAGGCCACGAUCAAGGGGUCCGGGGGUUGAGGUCCCAGAUCAGUCAGGGGGAGAAGACUGAGCUCUCCUACUUCCAGGGAGACCUCCCCGCCCAGCAGCCCCCAGAGACACAACAACCUACCUUCCAGCCUUAACUCGAUGGUCCGUCCCUGCCAGGUGCCCGUCACUCUCUUCCUGACCCCAAAACCAGAUCACCCCCUGGGUUAAAACUUUUUUUUUUUGGAACAGUGUAGAGAGAGAGUCUCCCAAAGGAUCCAUUCUUUUCUAUGAUGCCAGGUUCCAGUCCUCUGUUCCCUAGUGCAUCCUGCAAUCUGGUCUGCCAGGUUAGGGGAUGUUGGGUUCUGGGGACUGGUGGUGGACAGGAUGGUGCCCAGGAGGGAGUCAGGUUGUGCCAGUGAAGAUUUAUCUCUUCAUCUCACCCCCAUCCGACUCCCCCAGACUCUGCCUGCCUCAGAUCUCAGAUUACCCUGAUUAAUCUGGGGAGGAACAGAACCAGGAAAAAAGUUAUAGGGACUCCUGUGCUUGGGGAAGAUACGCCUGCAUCCUCACCCACAGAUGGAGGCCCUCAGGAUCUGACACUCCCUUGUCCCAACACCGGUCGGCCCUAAGCCCUAACUCACUCCACCCCAUUUUCUCCGGCUGCCUGGCCGGGUUUCUACCUCUCGUCACCGGAGCUGAUCACUGUCAGUUUUGUACCGAUUUAGAAAUAACAAUAAUAAUGAAGCUUCUAGGAAUGACCUGAGGGAUUGCUGGGGGACUUGGAGGGAGGGAAAGUGGUGCCCUGUCUCCUGUCCCCUGGCCAAAGAAAGUUUUCCUUGAGGCUGAGUCCUCAGCCUUGGUCUGGUGGGAGGAUAUCAAGGUCCCUUGUUGUAAGAGGGGCAGCGAGGACAACUCAGUGUUGACCAAGUGAGCCAGGACUGCAGCUCAUAGACCAGGAAAUCAGGGAACCCAGAGUGGUGAUGGACAGGAGUGCGGGGGAAGGGGAGUUUACCAUCGAUAUCCAGUGUGGAGGGAAUCUGAUUCUCUCCUCUGCUUCCCCAGCUGAUUUCCACUCCAUCCAUCCAGUGGGGGUAGCACAGCCCUACAGUGACUGCCCUGACCUUGGGCUGUCCCUGCUGUGCUGCAGGACUUAGGGCAAGUGACCUGCCCUCUCUGAGCCUCCCUCUGAAACAGAGGAGGUGGCUCCCCUUCCGCAUACUUCAGAGUGGCUGGGAGGGUGAGGAAGAGGGCCUGCCCCUUUUGUCUCCUGCACCCCCACCCCCUGGUUCACCAGGGGCACGGGGCAAGGGAUGGCGUCAUCUCACUUGCCCCAUCACCCCCCGCUGAGGCACCUGAGGUGGGGGGGUACCCAGGCCUCUGGCUGCCCUCUGUGGGAGCCGUUGGAAUGUAUUGCCUGACAGGCCCCCCUCCACCCUCUGCCUCACUCCAGGUCUUGAAUUUCAGGUCCCUCCACCCCCAUUCUGAGUCUUUGUUCUUCCCUCCCCCCCCCCAGGGUUUCCCACCACAGGGUCUGGAAGUGUGUGUGACGCCCAUUGAGCUGUUAUCAGAAGUCAGAUUAAAAAUCAGGGAGUGUUUUCCCUCGUUUCUGUA